AUGUCCAGUUUAAAUCCAGUAUCAAUACCUCCUGAAGUCGCUUUAAAUGUCGUGUCGCCCGCCCCAAUUGCUGACGCUGGAGGCGCUGUGGCCGCCCCGUCUUUCCUGAAGAGUUUCCUCAAUGACAACCCCUACUUUCAGGCUGGAUUCGGUCUCAUGACUCUAGGUGUUGGCCUCACGGCGAUGCGUCAAGGACUUGUCCUCGGUACAACUGCUCUUCGAAGACGAAUGCUGGUCACUUUGGAGAUCAACAACAAGGACAAGGCUUACGAAUGGUUCCUCGCCUGGAUGGCCAACCAGAAUGUACUGCAAGCCCAGCGACGGACAAUGUUAACACCUUGGGCUCGGAGUCAUCAACUCAGUGUUGAGACGACAGUGGAGCAUCGUAAGAAUGGUAGCUCGUCCGCACUGUUCAAGUUGGUUGCUGGACCCGGGACGCAUUAUGUCAAAUACAAGGGUGCUUGGAUGCAGGUCAAACGCGAACGCGAAACCAGGUCAAUGCACUUGGUGUCCGGGACACCAUGGGAGACGGUUACUUUAACCACUCUCUCACGAGACAGGAAGCUUUUCUCCGAGCUUCUAAGUGAAGCCCGUGAUCUGGCAAUGCGUGGACAAGAGGGCAAACUCGUCAUACAUACUGCGUGGGGUAUCGAAUGGCGACCGUUUGGUCUGCCACGACAGAAACGACCGCUGCAGAGUGUGGUUCUCGCACCCGGUGUCUCAGAAAGCGUCGAAAGGGAUAUCAAAUCCUUUUUGGAAAGGCGUCAGUGGUACGCCGAUAGAGGUAUACCUUACCGUCGUGGAUAUCUUUUACACGGUCCUCCAGGCUCAGGGAAGACGUCGUUCAUCCAGGCUCUUGCUGGAUCUCUGUCCUAUGAUAUUUGUGUCCUUAAUCUUUCUGAGCGAGGACUAGCAGAUGACAAACUCUUUCAUCUUUUAUCAAACGCACCCGAACGAAGUUUUGUUCUGAUUGAAGACAUCGACGCCGCCUUCAACAAGCGGGUCCAGACUUCUGAAGACGGGUAUCAAUCCUCUGUCACUUUCUCCGGAUUCCUUAACGCCCUGGACGGCGUCGCUUCCGGGGAAGAACGAAUAAUCUUUAUGACAACGAACCACGUUGAAAAACUCGAUCCUGCUCUUAUCCGUCCGGGUCGUGUAGAUCUAAUGGCCCUAAUAGACGAUGCGACUCCUGAACAGGCUCGCAUCCUAUUCGAUCGCUUCUAUGGCGGAAAUGACUCUGUUGGGAGUAAUAUAACUGGUGAGGUAGAAGCUCUGUCUAGAAGAUUAGGCGAUAUUGUGCAGGAAGAAAUGCGAGACGGAAAACGGAUUAGCAUGGCUGCCUUGCAGGGUCUCUUUAUUCGCAACGAGGCUCGGGAUGCUGUUGCGACGUGUCGCGAUUUUUUUGUUGUCAGGCGGACAUGA